AUGAGUUCUGGAAGCUCUGGGUUCGAGCUGGCCAACUUGGGAGAGGCGGCAAAGGCCGAGAUCUUCCAAGCCAUCCGGGAGGUGAGGAAAGAGAACGAGGAGCUCCGCGCCGAAGUUCGCAGCCUCACCUUGCGCCUUCAGGCGCUGGAGGGCCUGAAGCCGGGCUCGGGCCAUGUGGAUGUGGAUGAGGCCGAACCGAUGUUGGCGCCCGAGGAGGAGGUGCCAGUUCAGGUGGGCGAAAACGCUUGGAACAUACUGGCCGUGGUAGGGCUGACGGAUGCUGGAAGGCUGGAUGUGUCUUUCAGCUUGCUCCUUUUUCUGGGGAACAUCAUGAUGCAGAGCACUUUCAUUGGAAUUCUUCUCGGGAGCAGCUUUUUAGGCGAUCCCUUCGAGUCCAACGUGGCGAGCUCUCGCGACUGGCGCAAUCGAAUGGCCCACUCCUACCAGUACCUGGACCUGGCGCAGACGAGCCUUGUGACCCGGGUUUGUGCUGAAGAUAGCUCCCUCAUCCAGGCCUCCUCGCAGGCGAAACUGUUGUCCGACAUUAACAAGUACCUGGGCAUUCAGAAGACCGCCUUCGAGGCCACCCUGAAACAACCAGGCGUGACACUCUGCAUGUUGUGCAUGGCGCUCUGGAGCCUCUGUGUCUUCAUCGAGCUCCGUGAUAUCUGGCUUCACCUUCAGGCGAUGAUGCAGGUGCCCCGAGCCGAGCGCACGCACUUGCACAAGGGAACCUUCAAGAGCCUCUCCUCGAAGCGCCUCAACGUCAUCGUCGCGGCGUCGCUACUCCGCGCCCUGCUCGCGCUUGCUUUGCUGGUGGCCGGCCUUCAGUGGCUUGGGGGCACCACCUCCAUCGCCGACUUGAUCCUGAACGCUGUAGCCUUGAACGGCAUCCUGGACAUCGAUGACUUCGUGUUCCAGGCGGCGGUGCCUACGAAGAUCCAGCUGGCACUCCGUGGUCUAGAGCCGAUCGCGCUACCCUACUCGAAGAGGAAGAGUCAAGUGGAGUCCGCCUUCAACUUCUUCGCCUUGUUCCUGAUGCUCUUGAUUCCCUAUACGGUGCUUGUGCUGCCCCUGAGCCAUCGAAUGCUCGAAGUCAAGAAGGAGAUGUGCUUCGGCAUCCAGAACUUCGUCGUGGCUUACAACUCAGAUGUAGGCAUGACCUAUGGACUUAUGUCAAGGGGCAUGGCGGAGAAGCGGGAUCCCACCUUGCCCGAGUUGGCCGUUGAGACCUUCAAGUUUGCACAGGACCGGCCAUGGACCAAGAAGGAAGGCAGUGAAGCAUUGCCGGCAGACUACAUGCAGCUGGGCUUGUAUCCCCAGCAGUUCGAGUUUGGUCGCAUCCGGAAAAUGGCCGAAGAGGCGGACUACUUCCCGGUCUGCUGGGAGAGAGACGUCAACCCAGACGAUCCGUCAGAUGCCGCUGGCUUGGGCGCCAUUGCACGCGGCCGGAUGAACGCCGCAGCCUUCGCUGUCAACAGCAAGGCCACCACUUGCAAGGAGCUGAAGUCGUCAUGCUUCCUACCGGAGGCACGGAUGCUGCGGCUCAUGUGCGGCCAGACGUGCGGAUGCACGGAUCCGAUGUCGUCUCCUUUGUACAAAAUCCGUGCGGAGGGCUGCGCCGGGACGUGUCUACUUGAGCGGGCAAGUCAGGUUAAGCCAAUGCCAUGCAAAGACUUUCCGCAGGCCGAAGCAGAAGAGAGCUGGAACCACUUCUGGGACAACUUGCGCGAUGUCCUAGCCGCCUAUCUCGGGCCGGACCAAACACAAUACCAUAAGCACGACCUGGAAAAGAUCGCGUCCAUGAAAGCGGGCGGCUGCCCACAGCUGAAAGCCAAUCCGAUUGAUGACCUCACAGGUGCGAGCUGGUGCGAAGGGUCUUCUGACCUAUUCGGGCCCCUCGCCUACCUCUGCCCUGUCUCCUGUGGCUGUCAACGUCUCACCUCGAAGGAUACGUUGGCAGAGUCUUGCCCAGACAGCUGCCUUGCCAAUUGA